AUGAUGGCGCACGCAGUGACGGUGACGAGGUUCAGAGCAGGAGAGGCCCAGGAAGCGGCCAUGGCGAGCCCGUUGGUCAGCUCGAGCGGCCUGUGGACCGUGCUCGGGCAGGCCUCAAACGUGGCGCAGCUGGUCGGCGUGGACGCCCUCGGGCUGGUGUCCAUGGUCGUGCAGGCCGCGCUGGCCGCGCGCCGCCACCGCGACGCGUGCCGGCGCCUGGCGCAGCACGUGGAUAUCGUCGGCGGCCUGCUGCGGGAGCUGGAGCUCGCCGAGCUGAUUCGGCGGGAGGCCACGCGGUCCCCUCCAGCAGCUCCAGGAUGCCCUGCGGCGGUGCUACGCCCUCGUCACGGCCUGCCAGGACUGCGGGUACCUCCGCAGCCUGUUCGUCGACGCCCGGAUGGCCGAAGAGCUCCGCGCCGUGGAGCAGGAGAUCGACAUGUUCAUCCGCCUCGUCCCGCUUAUCGCGCUUGUCGACACUACACAUGA